AUGGGACAGUGGACCCCAGAACACCAGGCCAUGACCCUCCCUGCUGCUCCUUGUCCACUCCAGAAGCUGCCCGGCUGCAGCUCUUCAUGUCAGCCCACACCGUGUGAGGCUGCUCUUGGUGCCGCGAAUGGGGAAGAUUCUACAUCAGUGCCUCGGAGAGUCCACUGCAAGUCCUGGACAGCGGGAGUCGGUGGUGCUCCAGCAUGGAGGCCGAGAGCACACAGCACUGAAGCUCCAGACACCCUCAGGAGGACAGUAAAGGACAACGUGCCGGACCCGCCGCCAGUUCUUCCCCAGCGCCCGAGAGGAGGGCGGCGGGCUGCAGCGGCAGGCGAGGAAUGGAGCCUGGAAACAGGCCCUGGCGGGUCCGGCGCACCCGCCAGCUCGCGCAGCGAAACUUGGGGCAGCCCGAGAGCCGCGCCGCGCCCCAGCUGUUCGCCGGCGGUCCGGGACUCACCGCCCGCCCGGCCUGACUCCGCGCACUCACCUCGGAAACGCUGGGCGGACUUCGCAGGAAACCUUAACUUCCAGCGAAACGGCAGCCGCGCCCCGCAUCUGGGUCCGGCUCUCGGCCCCGCUGGUCCACCGUCCGGCGUUUCCAAAAGCAUCGGGCUCAUUCAAGUUUGGGCCACCUCGGGACCCUUACUUCCCCGUCCCGGCACCGCCGCUGUCUCGACCGCCACCCAGCCCACUCCCAGCCAGCCGGCUACUCCGGGUCGCCCCGCCGACAGCCCCAGGCGCAGGCGCUGCGGAGCCUUAAAGGGACCCGCCCCCUCAACCGCAAAACCCGGAAGUGUCCAAAACAAUUCUCCAGAACAUGUGAUGAGCAGAUGCACACUGCAAGAAGACAUGACAUGGAGUGGGCUAGAAGCUUACACAGAGGGUGGGAGGGUGGCCACAAAUGUGAGGUCCAAGGCCAGUGGAUGGAGAUCCAGAAGAGGAUCCGAGUUUCUGGACUUCAGGGAGAAGAUACGCUCUUGGUGUUCUCACACCAUCUUUUGAGUCCCACGGUUUCAUCUUAAGUCAAGAAUUACUGUAUCUUUUACGAAGAAGGAAACUGAGGCAAUACGCCAUGUGAAAAGCCAUGUCAAGAUUAAACAUUUAGUAAGUUAAAGAGAGCAACUUUCCUCAUUGUGUCAAACAAAGCCCUGAAGCUGUUCAGUAUGGAAACCUGGUGAUAUAAAUAUUUCCUUGAAAAAAGGUCAUGCCUUCCUAGAUGACUUAAUCUUGCAAAAACCUGCGCAUGUAGAAUUGCAAACGGCUUUGGAGACAGGCUGGUCUCACAGGCUCCCUUUGUUAAGGAAGAUGCUGAAGAACAGUAUUUUUGGUGCAUAGAGGGGAUUUGAACUCAGGAACCCUGGCUCUAGGCUGGUGCGCUGCCAUAUUCAGCACACAAAGGCCUCACAGUAACAUCUCGCUCGGCACAGUGAUCCUCAACUUGCUAUGUCUAACUACUUAAAGAGAUUCUCAAUUCAAAUUUGAAUCUAGAGAUAAGUGGGUUUCCAAAAGCCCUAAAAGAUGCUGUAAUUAUCUCUACUCCACUGAUUGAGAACUGCUAUCUCUAGCUGAAACUUAAAAGGAUUGUCACAGUUUUGCUCUGAAAAGUAAGUGUCCUGCAAACCAGCAGUUUCACUCCUAGGAAUCCGUGCCAUAGAAAUAAAAGCAUCAGCCCUUAAGGAUUUGUUAUAAAGAUGUUUACUCAGCAAUAUACUUGUAGUGGAAAAAAACGUUGGUAUAGGAAAGGCCCAUUACUAGGGAAAUAGGAAAUGAUCAGAUCAAUUGUGGUGCUUCCAUACUUUGGAAUAAUAUAUAGCCAUUAAAAAGAACGAUUUACAUCUAUCUCUACCAGUUGACUUGAAGAAAUGUUCAUGAUAAACAAAGAAGAAAUAAAAUGCAGAAAGUAUGCAUCAUAAUUCCAUUUUUAUAAUGCAAUUACAUUAUAUAAAAAUAUCUCUUAGGCUGGGCGAGGUGGCUCAUAUAUGUAAUCCCAGCACUUUGAGAGGCCGAGGUGGGUAGACCACCUGAGGUCAGGAGUUCAAGACCAGCCUGGCCAACAUGGCGACACCCUGUCUCUAAAACAACAUAAAAAUUAGCCUGGUGUGGUGUCAGGUACCUUAAUCCCAGCUACUGGGGUGGGGGGGGAUGAGACAGGAGAAUCAUUUGAACCCAGGAGGCAGAGGCUCCUGUGAGCUGAGAUUGCACCACUGCACUCCAGCCUG